AUGCUCGACAGGCAGCCUUAUCAUGGACGUUCCCGUAAACUCGUGCUCGCGUUUGACGUUGGUACGACAUUUAGUGGUGUAUGCUACUGCUUCCUGGACCCUGGAGAGGUCCCAAAGAUUCAAGGGGUUACGAGGUAUCCCGCCCAAGAGCAUGUUGGAGGAGAGUCAAAGAUCCCAUCCAUCCUAUACUACGACAAGAAUCGCAAAGUCCGUGCGUUGGGCGCUGAAGCCCUCCAAGAACACGUCAUAGAGCACGCUGAGGACCAGGGAUGGACCAAAGUCGAGUGGAAAAUGCACCUCCGCCCAAAAGACCUCGCCUCUGCACACAUCAAGGACGACAACAUACCUCCUCUCCCUCGCGGAGUCUCCGCGAUUCAAGUCCUCUCUGACUUCAUGGCCUAUCUUUUCCGGUGCGCCAAAACUUACAUCAAGGAGUCGCAGGCAAACGGCGCGAGCAUCCUCGCCUCUGUAGCGGGUAGCAUCGACUUCGUGCUCUCGCACCCGAAUGGGUGGGAGGGCGCGCAGCAGACGCAGAUCCGCCGUGCGGCGGUGCUCGCAGGUCUGAUCCCCGACUCGGCUAAAGGUCAAAAGCGUAUCACGUUAGUCACAGAGGGCGAGGCAAGUCUCCACUAUUGCGUCUCAAGCGUUCUCGCUGCGGAUGCGUGUGGAGGCGUUAUCGUUGUUGACGCUGGAGGAGGGACUAUUGACCUUAGUGCAUAUUCAAUGAUACCCAAGACCACUCCCAGCAAGGCACUGUCUUUCGAGGAGAUCGCACCCACAGAAUGUACAUCAGGCCGGCUACAGGGAUCUAUAUUCGUGACGCUGUGCACGGCGCUAAUUGGGUCGCUGGAUUUAGAGAAGCUCAAGGGAUCGUCGUUUGCAGACCCAGGGAUCAUUGAUCAGAUGACAGAUGUGUUUGACAAGACGACUAAGCACCGGUUCAGAGGAUUUGGCGAGCCGUGCUACAUCAAGUUUGGCACUAUGCGGGAUAAGGACCCACAGUACAACAUUCGCGCGGGUCAGCUCAAGCUACAAGGAAAUGAUGUUGCUGGACUCUUUGAUGCUUCGCUUCAGGCCAUCCUGAUGGCCAUCCAGCAACAAAGGCAAACAUCAUCGACGAACGUAUCUCUCGUGUUCCUCGUAGGUGGAUUCGCUGCCAACGAUUAUAUGUUCAAGCAACUUCAAAUGUCUUUGGCACCGACUGGCAUCAGCGUGAGCAGGCCAGAUGGACACGUCAAUAAAGCUGUUGCAGAAGGGGCUGUGUCAUUCUAUAUCGACCACCUUGUUUCGUCACGUUCUGCCAGGUUCACCUAUGGUGCAGAGGUAUCCGUUGACUACGACGAUGAUGACCGUGAGCACCGCGUCAGGAAACACAUGGCAUACCUCGACCCUUCAAAAACACGCAUUCUUGCUCAUGGAUUCAACGCUAUCCUAAAGAAAGGAACGUUGGUAUCGGAAACUCAAGAAUUCAGGCGCUCAUACAGUCAGACGAGCUCCGUGCGUUGGGAUCUCCGCGAAGCAGACGCCUCUCUGAAGGCGUAUCGUGGAGCUACAGCGGACCCCCGGUGGACGGACAAGGAAAAACAUGCCUUCUCGCACCUCUGCACCGUUCGUGCAGAUACUUCUGCAGUUUCUGCAGCAGUGCACCGGGAACGAGGCCGGCGUUACUACACGAUUGAGUAUGAUGUCGUUUUGCUAUUCGGUCUCACCGAACUCCAGGCACACAUCCGCUGGGUAGAAAAGGUACGGUACUUACUUUCUUCAGCGUAA